AUGCCAAUAGGCAAAACGUCACUUCCACCUCUGAUCGGACGGCGCAAGGGACACACAUGCCCAGCCAUCGGUCAAGAACAAGAAAGGUGUUCCGAGGAGAAGCCUCGCUGCCAUGCGUGCAUCCGAUACGAGGUACCAUGUCUAUAUCCAUCAAGACCGCGAGACUCCAAAGAAGUCCCUGGUGAUACCACCGCAUCACCAGGUGUCCAUCACAGCACCGUCCAGCAGAGUCCGGCGUCGUUCGCCGCAGAGUCACCUGCUUGUCCGUCCUCAACGGCAUCGCCUUCGCCGCUAGACUACCUCGUCCGACCGGAGUUAAGCUCGACCGGAGCUUUCAGCAUCGCCGACCUAGGUCUACUGCAUCACUGGACCGUUUCAACCAGCAUGGCCAUGGUCGGCCCGCCCCAGGUCAACCGCUGUUGGCAGGACACGCUGCCGCGAAUCGCCUUGCGUUACCCGUUCCUCAUGCACGCCAUCCUCAGCCUGUCGGCUCUACACCUUGCGUACACCAACACGGCCACGAAAGAGCAGCACAGCCUAGAUGCCGUCCGGCACUACGACACCUCCCUGAAGGGGUUUCGCGAGGCGAUUCACAACAUCGACAUCGACAACUGCCACGCCCUGUUCGGCUGUUCGACCCUGAACGCCAUCUGCGUCAUCGGUCUGCUCGGGAGCCACGACGACCACACCAGCACCGCCUCGCGCACGUCCGACUUCCUCGGCAUCAACUACAUUCCGACGAUCCGCGGGGUCAAGGCCGUACUGCACCCCCGAUAUCAAGAAGUACGUACGGGGCCGUUGGGUCUGUUGCUCAGCCUCCAAGAUUGGAAAGAGCUGGACCCAGACGGCGUUCCGUCACCCGAGGCUGAGCGAUUCCGCAAUUUAGGGACGAUAUGGUUGGACAGUGUUGACAGGCAUAUCUAUGACGAGGCGCUGGGGGUGCUUAGGAAGUGCCAAGCAUAUUCAUUCCAGGUUCCAUCCGUGCAAGAUGACACGGCGAAACGGUGGGGAUACAAAGAAAGCUGGAACAGGUCGAUCUUGUUCAUACACUUUGCUUACGAGGAGUAUUUCACGCGGUUGUACCAGCGCCAGCCCCAUGCGCUGGUGCUGUUUGCGUACUUCGCAGUCUUGUUACACGGCUUGAAUGGAUAUUGGUUCUUUCGUGGGUGGGGCCGAGGCAUUGUCGAGGUGGUUGACAGACUUCUAGGCGACUACUGGUGGCCAUGGAUGGAGUGGCCUAAAUACAUAGUGCCUAAGUUAGAGAGCUUUUCUACUAGCGGCUACAUUUGCGCCAAAGAUGUACUAUCUUCUAGCAACUCUACUAGGAACCAUACCGAACGGUUCCCAUCCGGGUACCAGCACGAUCUAUCACUGGUCAAGGCUACCAGGGGCCACACCCUGCCGGAAGUACUUGCGCCCCCUGGAUAUCCAGUUAUUGACGGGUGGGCCAGCAUUGAAGAAGCUCUGGAGGGCAAACCUGUGUUUGUGAGCGCACACUUGGCAGAGCCCAAGAAUCGGAGCGACUUACACGGACAUGUAUUAACCAAGACGGAGCGCCAAGAAUGCGGCAAAGCUAUCCAAUGCGCAAUCGCCGAGGGUGUCAGCUACCACUUUAGAACAGAGGAGGACACCUCCACGGCCCUCCUCUGGAGAACGGUACCGAUUCCGCACGAAGCGCAGCAAGCGAUAGAAAUGGUGGAAAAGUACGUGGCCCCCUUUGUCGAAGCACCGCGAUCCGCUGCAGCCUUCUCAGGUUCCGUCCUGUGUAAAGGAACUCCCACCAUCGCGACAGCCGAGGCAAUCGUUAUGCAGAAUUUUGAGUUGAACUGGCCCAAAACACCACUUGGUCCGAACAAACAAUACAGUCCGUCCGUUUGA